AUUGUCUCGACUGAGCGUCAGUACAUGCGCAAUGUCAUCACUAUAGAACCCUCGUGGCUGCCAGAGGCUGCUCCGCACUUCUACCACCGCCAACAGCUUGAUCCUAGAUUGCAUUCCUAGUGUUCCUUUGACAAUAAAGCUUAUGCCGUAUCUGUGCUCCUUUCGGUUGCUCUCUCCCGCCAUUUGUGAUCGUUUGCCUGAAGAUGUAUGCAUCGCGCCUCAGUGAAAGAGCUUAGAUAAACCUCAUGCAAGCUUGUUUCGUCGCAGACCUCUGUGAGAUUGCUAAUUUUGAACUCGGUGAGAAGCUAGAGCUGAAAGAGGCAGAAUGACAGAGUUACUGAUUCCUUGAGGUGGUGCUGCUGCUACUUAAUCAGAUUAACGUUUCAACUCAUCAAAAUCAGGAGUCUCAUCAUCGUCACAGUGAAAUCAAAUGUAUUAGUAUUCCCGCCUUACGUAGUCUUUGCUUGAUUUUUCUGACCCGGCUGCUAAGACCGAACAUUGCAUGCGCCAACUUGUUGCGCAUAAAAUAAUGAUAAAACCCUGUUUAAUUGCCCCUUCCCCUAUAUAUUUACGAAUGGUUGGAGUGGAGAUUAAUAUGAAGUAGCUAGCAUGGGGAAGAUGAGCAUAAUCUGUGUGAUGGCUGUGGUGGCGAUUCUUUUACAGGAUAUCAACGGUGCUUUCGGGAACCAAAGAGGCUGCUCAAGAAAGGGCAGCUCUUGGCAUGGGAUUGGUUGCUGGAUCAACGGUUUUGAUUCUGACUUUCAUAUGGGGCGUUUCCAUUAUCCUUGCCAGCUAUGAUCUCUCAGAAGCUCCCACUCUUGACAAAUCUGGAAGCCAGAAAACCACACCACAAGGUUAUGGCAUUGUUACGGAUGCCGAAGCAAGCUACACUUCACGGAUAAUGCUGAUACCCUUGCUUCCUUUUCUCAUCCUUCUGCUAGCACAGGCUUUCAGUUCAUCAUCAGUGAAGAGAGUGUUUCUUCUCAUUGCACUCAUUGUCUCAGUUUUGUUGCUUUUCGGCUUCAUUUUGUAUCAGGCAUUCCAGCCUUGGAUUCAGUCUCGUAGAUUCGAGUACUUUAUGAGCAAAUAUGCGAAGGACAAGCUGCUCAGACUCUUGUCCAGGAACGGCAGGCCUGAUACUCGGAAAAUACAAGACCUGUUUAACCAAAUCGACAAGGACAGAAGCACGUCUGUAUCAGCAGCAGAACUCAGAGUGCUUCUCUUAGGUGUGAGGCUGGAUGAAGAUGAUUUGAGCACAGACAGGGAUGUUGAGAAUGUGUUGGAGUCUUUUGAUACCACCGGAGAUGGACGUAUCAACCAGGAAGAGUUCAUCGCAGGCAUGACCAAAUUACUCGAUGAUCUGGCUGAGGAGAGGCGAAACCGCAUCAAAGGAAGCAGAGCCACCAAUUCUCAGGCAAGUGAUCCAUCACAACAGGGCUUGUUAGUUAACAGCAACACCUCGAACGUAAGCAAAAGCCAAAGUUCUCAAACCACUUGGCUGAACUAUCUGCAAGCUCUUUCCUUGGUGAUUCUUGGGAUUGCAUUGAUGUCUGCUUUCGCAGAGCCACUGAUCACCAGUGUCGUGGGUUUCGCCACAGCAGCAUAUCUGCCUAAUUUCUCUGUCUCAUACUUGGCAAUACCCUUAGCUACGAACUACCGAGUUGCAGUGCAAGCAUUUGCUUCAUCCGGAAACAAGUCACAGAACUCCAUUUCUUUGACACUCUCUACACUUUACAGUAGCGUGUACAUGAACAACGUGGCGAGCUUGAUUGUGUUCCUUGCACCAGAAGAAGUGAUCGCCUGGUCUAACAAGCAAUGUUCCUUGGAUUACAUGGGAGUUGUCACUAGUGUCUAAGCACAUUUUUGUAAUGAUGCCUUGCAGCUUAGUGCCAACAAUGAGCAGCAUCUGCGACAGAACAUUUUUUAAUAGGCCGUAUAUCAGAUUACUAUAGCAUCAAAGUAUGAUCUAUGUUCAUAUCUUACCACUAAUGGAUCGCGCACACCGCUGCACGUGGAUCAGCAACGAUCACCAUCUUGCUGCCAUCCUACGACUCACCUCUGUCAAGCUGAGGCUUGCCUCGAAUUUCCCACUACCGUGCAGCAGCCUCUGCUCCAACGCCCGCCCUCCUUCCUGCAUUCACCGAGCCUCCACUCGGCUACGAAGCUUGUUUCGUAUGAAGAGAAAUACUUGGAAAUUGAGGGUGAUUCAAAAGUGUUGCAUCAGGUUGACUUGCGGCUCAAUGAGAAGAAAUUAGUAGAUGAAGAAGUACAAGCUAUAGAGGUAAAUAAAAUUGAUGAGGAUGAUGGUCUUCAUGAUUCAAGUAAAAUUGGAGCAUUUGAUUUCGAUGGUUGUCUCGCAAAGACAUCUGUGAAGGGAAAUGCAGAUACAUGGUCCCUCGUGUCUCCUUCAAUACCAGAGAAGCUCCAUAAUCGGUAUAAAGAUGAGCUCCAUGAUGCUCGCGAAGAUACGGUUGAUGGGUUGAAAGACAUGUCAAUAUACUCUCGUAUGGGUGUGAAGAGGAUGGGGGAAGUUGAUAACAAGUCAUUUCAUGAUACGAUCAUGAGGAAGUUAGCUGAGGAUGUUUACAUCAGAUAUGCAAUAGUAGGUUAUUGGAGAUUGAAACAACGAUCGUGUCCGUUUGAUCCAGGAGGAGAUACCUCGCCAAAGCUUCUG